UGAAUCCCACACGAUUUCUUCCUUCACCCUCAAAAUCUGUUUUCUAUUCUGCAUUCAUUUCCAUCUCUCUCUCUCUCUCUCAAAUUAUUUGUCUUAAUCACAAUUAUUAAUCUUCUUCUUGAAGUUUAUAAAUCCUCUCUCUCUCUCUCUCUCUCUCUCUCUCUCUCUCUCUGUGUUUGUGGAUAUCUAGUCCAGUCAAUACAAGCAUUCUUUCAGUACAUAAUAAAAUAUUUUCAACCAUCACCAAAAUCACUGAUAAUUCCCCUAGUAACAUUCUCCAAAAUGGAUCUGAAUCUGAUGGCCAUCUUCCAUUUUUCUCCUUUGUACAUCACCCUCAUUUUGUUUACAAUUUUCAAAGGCAUAUCGGGAGCUACAUUUACAAUCAUAAACAAGUGCGACUACACUGUAUGGCCCGGAAUUCUAUCCAAUGCCGGCAGUAGCAGAUUAGACAGCACCGGCCUCCAACUCCAACCCGGCGCCUCCCGUUCAUUUCAAUCCCCACCCAACUGGUCAGGCCGAUUCUGGGCUCGAACCGGUUGCAACUUCGACCCCACCACCGGUCAGGGCACCUGCACCACCGGCGACUGCGGCUCCAACCAAGUCGAGUGCAAUGGCGCCGGCGCUAUCCCACCAGCCACUCUCGCCGAGUUCACGAUCGGCGGCUCCGACAACCAGGAUUUCUACGACGUCAGCUUAGUGGACGGCUACAACUUACCCAUGAUGGUGGAGCCGAGCGGCGGGUCGGGUAGUUGUUUGUCGCCCGGGUGCGCAACCGACUUGAACCAGCGGUGCCCGGCUGAGUUACGGGUCGGGGACGGUGCGGCGUGUAAGAGUGCGUGUGAGGCUUUUGGGAGCCCGGAGUAUUGUUGCAACGGCGCGUUUAGUACCCCCGACACUUGUAAGCCGUCGGUUUAUUCGGAGAUGUUUAAAGCCGCGUGUCCCAGAUCGUAUAGCUACGCGUAUGACGAUGCCAGCAGUACAUUUACUUGUACUGGAGCUGAUUAUACCAUAACAUUCUGCCCUUCCACAGCAAGUCAAAAAUCUGCAAGUACGUCUCCAACAAGAAGUAAUGGAUCGGGGCAGAUAACAACCACAACAAAUAACGGGUCUGGAGGUGGGAGUGGGACGACAGGAGAGCUCCCUGCGGUGGUGGGAAACAGUAACAGUCCUUUUCCGAACUUUUUCACUGGAGACUCAACGAAGACCCUUUCUUCUUCUGCUCUUUACACUUCAUUGGUUGCUUCCUCUGCCACUUUAUUUCUCUUUAUUUCUCUAUAGUUGCUUCAUUCUUAGUCUCCUAUCCUAUAUAAUAUAUAUAUAUAUAUAUAUGCACGCACGUGCGAGCCUCGGAGGCCGAUGAGGAAGUCCAGAGGUUGUAAAGUAUAGAGAGAGACGACGAUAUAGAUUAGAUAUCGUUUUAGCAUAGAGUAGUAUAUAAAGAUACAGUUUUUGUUAAUAUUUUUUCUUCCCUUGGCAAGUUUUUGGACGAUAGCAAUUGGUGGGUUAGUGUACGAAUGAAGUAUCUAAGAAAGAGCAUUUUGAGAUU